AUGUCGGCGCGCACGCUGGGCGACGCGGGCUUCUCCAUUGGCAUCGAGGACGUGACGCCGGCGCCGCUGCUGCAGCUCAAGAAGCGCGCGAUCAUGGACGAGGGCGCAGCGCGCUGCCAGCAGCUGCUGGCGCUGUACAACCAGGGCAAGCUGGAGCUGAUGCCGGGCUGCACCCUGGAGCAGAGCCUGGAGAGCAGCCUCACGGGGGUCCUCAACGGCCUGAGAGAGAGCGCGGGGUCGGCCUGCAUGCAGACGCUGGUGCCCACCAACAGCCCCCUCAUCAUGAGCCAGUGCGGCAGCAAGGGCAGCCCCAUCAACAUCGCGCAGAUGGUGGCGUGCGUGGGCCAGCAGUCUGUGGGCGGCAAGCGCUGCUUUGACGGCUUCAAGAGCCGCACCCUCCCCCACUUCCCGCGCGGCGACAAGUCCUCCUACGCCAAGGGCUUUGUGGAGGCGUCGUUCUUUGACGGGCUGGCGCCCAGCGAGUUCUUCUUCCACACUAUGGCUGGGAGGGAGGGGCUGGUGGACACGGCCGUCAAGACGGCGGAGACGGGCUACAUGUCGCGGCGGCUGAUGAAGGCCCUGGAGGACCUUUACGGUAGGAAGUGGGGGGUGGCGGGCACUGGGGCGCUGGGGCCCGCUCGGGGUUGA